UAAAGACACUGGACCGGAAACUUAGCUGUGUGUUAGCUUUACGGUGUAACAUACCCUUCAGUCUGAGCAUUAAGUUUUUCUAUCUUACGUUGGAUUUCUGUAAAAUAAAUAAUGUCCGAAAGAAAAGUAUUGAAUAAAUACUAUCCGCCGGAUUUUGAUCCAUCUAAAAUCCCAAAGCUUAAACUCCCCAAAGAUCGACAGUAUGUGGUCAGAUUAAUGGCUCCGUUCAAUAUGAGAUGUAAAACUUGUGGCGAGUACAUCUAUAAGGGGAAGAAGUUCAAUGCUCGCAAAGAGACAGUUCAGAAUGAACUGUACAUGGGGCUUCCCAUCUUCCGUUUCUACAUCAAAUGUACCCGGUGUCUUGCUGAGAUCACAUUUAAGACAGAUCCAGAGAACACAGACUAUGCCAUGGAGCAUGGUGCCACCAGAAACUUCCAGGCAGAGAAACUUAUCGAGGAGGAGGAGAAGAGAAUCCAGCAGGAGAGGGAAGAAGAAGAACUGAAUAACCCUAUGAAGGUGUUGGAGAACAGAACGCGAGACUCCAAAAUGGAGAUGGAGGUUCUGGAGAACCUCCAGGAGCUGAAGGAACUGAACCAAAGGCAAGCACUGGUGGACUUUGAAGGAAUGAUUGGCCAGUAUAGAGAAAUGGAGAGGAGAGAGAGGGAGAGACAGAAAGAAGAGGAUGAGCGUGAGACAAAAGAGAUGCUGGAUCGUGCCCUUGUGAAAAGACUCAGAGAUUCCGACUCUGAUUCAGAGGAAGAGAGCUGCAGCAGCACACAGUCCAAGACAUCAAGCACAGACAAACCGACCGACAUCCUCACUACUGACAAGUCCACAGCAGCACAGGGAGCCACAGCUGGAGGAGUGAAGAGAGCCAAAACAGAGAGCUGGGAGAGGAGUGUGGGAACACUGAGUGGUCGGGGAGCACUAGGAUCUCUGGUUGUACGAAAGAAACCAGCAGCAACAGCAGCUUCAAGCAAACCCAGUGAAGGUGCAGAGCCCGUUACUCCCACCUCACACACAGAUUCAAAGGGAUCAGGGUCUGAUUCAGGCGCUUCAAGGCCCAUUAUUACACAAAAUGGGUCAUCAUCUCUCAGCCUGUUGGGGGCGUAUUCAGACAGUGACAGUAAUCAAAGUGAAUGAGGAGUAUGUGAUGUAUGUAUCUUUCACUUAUGCUGUACAGAAACCUAAACUAAUUUUGUAGGUAAACAGGAAACCCACAAAGAACAAAUACUGUGUUGUGAGAACUCAUUGUAUCUUGUAUACUCAGAUUCAGUGAACUGACAUCCUUCUGUAAACUGGAGUAUUUUCCCUGUAACAAGAGUUUAUUUUUGUCUUCAUUAAAGUCUGUUUUACUUCAUCUUCAA